AUGCGUCGAGUUAUUAUCGUUGCACUGCUUGCCGUCGUUGCAUACUCGAGACCUGCCACCAAUUCGGACAAGGAGCUGAAUGACCUUUUUCAAUCGUUGAACGUCGACAUCAUCAAGAUGCUGCCGAGGGAAUUGAUUGACCACUUCGACUCCGACCUGGUCGUCUUCUUCAAGACCCUCGACUUCCUGGACAUAAUGUACUUGGCCAUGAUCGCCCGGCAGAAGGAGAUGAUGCAGAAUCCGGAACUGGCGCUACAAGCCCUUAAAAGAACCAACCCGAAUACCUACCGCAAGCUGCAGAAGCUUGUCGACGCCUACAGCGUGCGCUACGCCCGUCUGACCCUCGGCGCCAAGAAGUUUUUCGAGGGCGAGAACCCUGAUCCGGCAAAAUUCAGGGAUCUGCCGUCGAUUCUGAAAAAUACAGAUGCUACUCGACGUCAGGCCAACCAACUAAGGAACGACUUCCAGAAGCUGGCCAAGAAGGACAGGAAAUCGAUUCAAAGGCAGUUGCCCCUGAUCUACAAAAUUUUUGAUGAUCCGACCUUCUUGCAGACGCUGCGACCAGCGAUCGAGGCAAAGGUCAAAGAGCAGAUGACCCAUUUUUCCGGAAAUCAGGGGGCGCUUCUCGGGGCCGCC